AAUGACCUAACCUUCGUUGGAUGGAAGAUGUGGAGUGGAGCAUCGGGGAACAAGGGAGCAUCCGUUCUACGUGCACGUGUCCUUGACCAGACAAACGUAUUCCUUCGGUAAGGGGGUUUGUAAGGGACUAACACACACACACACACAAACACCGGUCAAUGUACAAUCAAACUUCCGCAAGUGCCGGUGGACCUAACAAGUGGACAACAAGUGAAAUCUGCGUCAUGUACCUCGCAUCCCUUCUCUCGAUGCCUUUCACUUAAUCUCAUUUGCGUAUCUUCGUAUCCCUGCGUCAAUAGGCAGCUGGUGUUGCGUAGCCCGAGCACAGAAGGGCCAAUGGCCGUGCGUAGGGCCGUGUCGCCCAUGCCGCGGGACGGUUACAUCGCGCCCUAACCUUCUCCACCCUCUCCGGAGUUCAGUGGUCGGGAGAUAAACAUCUCGUCACAUCAGCUGCCACCUUGCCCUGUCUGUCCCUUAAGGGAUCAUCGUCAGCGCUAUCAGAGCAACACACUCAACACACAGUGGGGCGAAGUGUGCGCAAAGCUAAAGCGGGGAGGGGGUUAGCAGCACGCGACAAACACAAGCCACUGCGCCAACAAUCGGAAGUCAUACUCUUGCGCCCGACUUCUAACGCGUACACACACAGGCACACACACACACGUUCUGGGGCGGCGCUCGCUCCGAGAAGCGUAGUCACUGGACGCGCCGCUACAAAUCGCAUUCGCCGCCGAUCCUCCAAACGAGCAACAGGUGCCGUGUUUUCUGCUGCUGCUGCUGCCGUGUGUGUUUUUGUUGUUGUUGUUGUUGCACGUGCCGCGUGAUUCUUGCCACCGUUCUGAUCUUCCCCCGAUAGUGGCCGCUCGUUCAUCUGGGGGGCUCGUGUUUCGUGGAGUACACUAAAAAAAAGGGCACACAACACAACACUGCAACAGGCGCAGAGGCAGGCGCGAAUCGCUUUAAAGAAAAAGGCACGUGUCCGUGCGUGUUUAGGAGGAAGUGUGUUUGAUCGCGGAUAGCGAAAAGUGUGUUGCGGUCCCGCGGUGCUGUGUUAAAGUGUCCCUCUCUCGCUCUCGCUCUCGCUCUCUACAGCCAUGACGGCCCAAAAGCAUGGCAGCGGCAGUUCCGGAACGAUUAAGCCGGACCGGAAGAUAGUGAAGCUUUAUUUGGCCGCGAUCGGAGCCAACAUCAUCUCGCUGUCGCUGGGCACGGCGAUCGGCUGGCUGUCCCCGUUCCUGCCGCUGCUGAUCUCCCCCGACUCGCCGCUCGACCAGGGCCCGGUGACGGACGUGCAGGCGACCUGGAUCGCCUCCCUGCUGUGCAUCGGCGCAUUCGGCGGAACGCUUCUGUUCGGCUGGAGUGCGGAAAAGUUUGGCCGCAAGGCGUCACUGCUGGCGACAGCCGUCCCCCUGAUCUGCUUCUGGGGCUGCGUUGCGUUCGGGACAACGGUGGAGGUACUGUACAUCGCCCGACUACUGGCCGGGCUCGGUGCAGCCGGCGUCUUUCUGCUGGUGCCGAUGUACAUUACCGAAAUUGCUGAGGACAGGAUACGCGGCACGCUCGGCUCGUUCUUCAUCCUGUUCCUCAACAUCGGCACGCUGGUGUCGUUCGUGAUGGGCAGCUACCUGUCCUACCACACGACCGCCUACAUACUGUUCACGCUGCCGAUCGUCUUUCUCGCCCUGUUUCUCCAAUUUCCCGAAACGCCCCAGUACCUGAUCCGCCGGAACCGCGUCCGCGAUGCGGAAAGUUCGCUCAAGUAUCUGCGCGGCUACACCUCCACCCCCGACCAUCUGGAGAUGUUGCGCUCCGAGAUGGAUGGACUGCUGGUGCAAGUGUCGGGCGAAAAGGACAGCACCGAGCAGAACAGCAGAAUCUCCCUGGCCGACUUUGCUCCCCCGUCGGCGAGGAAGGCGCUGCUGAUUGGACUGGUGCUUGUGUCGCUCAACCAGCUGUCCGGCUGCUUCGCCCUGAUCAACUACACCGCCCAGAUCUUUGCCGACGCCGGGUCCGAUCUCGAUCCCAACAUGGCCGCCAUCGUGGUGGGUGCGAUACAGAUCAUCGGCUCGUACGGUUCCACCAUCAUUGUGGAUCGCUGCCCGCGAAAGCAUUUGUACAUCGUGUCGAGCUUCUUCGCCGCGAUCGGUCUGUUCGCGAUGGGGACGCACGGCUACCUGAAGAGCCAGCACGUGGACGUGAGCGCAAUCAACUGGAUACCGGUCGCGAGCCUUUCGUUCGUGAUUUUCAUCGCCUCGGUCGGCCUGCUGCCACUGACGUUUGUCAUCCUGUCGGAGAUUCUACCCCCGAAGGUUCGUGGUCUUGGUGGCUCGAUCUGUACGGCGUUUCUGUGGAUGAUUAGCUUCCUGGUGGUGAAGUACUUCCCGGUGAUGGUGGAGCUGAUCGGACUGCAUGGCUGCAUGUGGGUGUUCAGUGCGGUUUGCCUCUCGGCCGGUCUGUUCAACGCGAUCUUCAUACCGGAAACGCGCGGCCGCAGCAUAGAACAGAUCAUACACGCGAUGGAGAACAACAUUAAGAGCUAAUCGAAAGGGGAGAUACUAUUACGGGGCAGAGGGGAGAUAUUCAAUUCGAAAGGUGAUCGUGGUGAUCACCGAAUCUUGUACAAAGUACUUUUAGCGUUAGCGUUCCCUUGUGCCCCCUUAAUCUCCCGUUCCAAAGGUUAUUUUAUUUAUAAAAAGUGUCACCACUUUUGCUUGUACAUAUUUAUCUACCAUUUAAUGCAUUUGUUAGUCGAGCACGCUUCACACAACCCACAUGUGCAGCACAAGGCAAGGAGAAGAAAAGACACGCAGAAGUAUUGUCCGUCCCCGGUCGGGAGGAUGAAGCGCCGGUUUUAUUAAAAUAAUAAUAAUAAUAAUAAUAAUAAAAGCCCCCCCGUCAUCGAUCAAUCGCAA